AUGUCCCAACACGGUGGUCGUGUUGAUCAGCAGCCGACCAUUGUCAUCCGCUGGAACUCUCCGACCGCCGCUUCCCUAAAGCUCCCCACCGAGAGCCAUUAA